GUCCUCGGAUCGGUCUAAUAAAUCACCCGCCACAGAACACUCGUCACCCCCUUCCCCUUCCCCUUCCCCACCUCAGCUCUUGCACCGUUCAAGCCACCAUGGCAAAAGGUACGUACCCCGAAACCAGGUACCACCUCCAGUGCAAGUCCUUCAGAUGGUUACACAUCAUCGCCAACUUUCAAUCAAGAACCCCCCCCCCCUUCUCAAUCCCUUUUUAAUCUUCAGCGCCGUCGCCCAAAAUGUGGUUCUUUGGCAGUUUUCUCUACGUUUGUAUUCUACUCAUCAACGCCGUCGCUGUCCUUUCAGAAGAUCGUUUUCUCGCGCGCAUCAAUCUCUCUCCCGCUUCUUACGACCCUGCGUUCGGCGCUGGCCCUGAUGCCAGCGUCAAAGCCAAGAUCAUCAAUCUCAUCGCGAGUGUCCGAACCAUCAUGAGGAGUACGUUCAACGUCCAAACACACGCCGCGCAAUCAUAA